CAAGAACACGAACGCGGCGUGUACCGGAAUUUCGGGGAAUCGAAAAGAGCUUCGCCUGCUUUGACAGAGAGGGCGACACUUGGUCUGGAACGAUUCUCGCGGACGAACCAGCCGGAAUAGACGUGAUCCACAACGCGCUAUGUGGAUAUUAUGUAUAUGCGAGGCGGUCAGUUCCGGGCACGCCGGCGCCUUGCGCAUACCUGAUGCCCCCCCCAACCCCUUUUCAGGAGAUCGACAGUGGAGUCUGUCCGAAGACCAACUUUUACUACUGAUUCUCUAUUUGCGUACUUAUACAGCUUUCAAAGAGAGAGAGAGAGAGAGAGCCUGGAAACUCGAAUAAAAAUUUUCCCACAUCUCAGGCAAACAUUUUCACUCGACGCGAGAGCGGAGUAACUGCGUAUACGUAUAUAUGUAGCGCAGCCACGUCGGAAUCCGUAGGAAACUCGACGUGUCAUCGCACGUGCGGACGACUUUCUUCUCUCGCAGCACAGCUCCUCAUUCGGUAAAGCAGCGCACUUCCCACGCGCACGUGACCGUUUUAUCAACAAGAAAACGAGCGAUGGUUACGGUCGAGGAUCCGGAACUGCUGCCCUGCAGCUUUCAGUUCCACAAUUUCCACGAUCAAGUCGGCGAGGUUAGAUUGCAGUGUCAAAUAAUGAAGAUGGACCAGAGUCUGUACCUGUGGGUCGGCGACUACAACGAUAGGAGCAUGAAGGACUUGGCUCUGGCCUUUGCGAUGGACAAGAAACCAGCCGUGUCGACGAAGAUCAUGGGACCCAUCGCCGAUGAGAUAUCCUGCAACGUCGCGAGCAGAUUGGCCAAGAAAACGGGCAAGCCGGUUUACGUGAGUUUCAACGUCAACGUUGACAAUCUCACCUUGCCCAACGUCGAGAAGAGGAUCCACGAAGAGUUUAAGAAGCAUCCUGAACUUUUGGCUUUUUAAUGCUUGUAUACGUACUGUAAUCCAUGACUAUUGUACUGUUGUAUACGUGACUGCUGGUCGCUAAGCUCAUUAACGAUAAGGUAAACGCUUUUAUAUUUUCUUAUUGUUCUCUUCUUUUUUUUUUACAAGAUAUAUAUAUACGAGUAUUAUAGAAAUAAAGCAGCCUAAUGGAUUUGAA